AUGGAACAGAUCGAAGUAUUAUCUUCAGGAUCAACUCCUGGGGGGAGUCAUCAAUGGGAUUCAUUCAAUCCAAUGUUACUAUCAAAUACAAUCAAUGAUUUGAUUCUUACACAAUCAAAAGACAACGCGUCAACACCAUUCGUUAAUACCAGUUGGUUUGGUUGUAAUUCUAAAGAAGAUGGUUGGGGUCCAUUAUCUCCAACUUAUAACGAUUUGACCCCGUGUUUCUUACAAGGUGUCUUAUUUGCUUUUGCUUCAACUUCGAUGAUUUUAGUUGGGAUUUAUCAAUUAAUUUAUUUAAGAAAUAAGAAAAUUACUAUUGGUAAUAGAACUGGAUAUAAUUUUUAUAUUAAAUUAUUAUUGGUGCUAUUACAAUUUAUCUUUCAAAUUGUAUUGGCUGCUUCAUAUGGUCAAGUUGGUAUUAUUAGAUUGGCAUUGAUUUUAAAUGUGAUUGCAAAUGCAGUUGCAUUUGGAAUUCAUUAUUUAGAACAAUUUAAAUCAAAUAUUCCAAAUGGAGUUUUGUUAUUUUAUUGGCUUUUCCAAAUCUUGUUCAAUUUAGGAAGAAUUACUAAUUUGCAUUUAAGACAUGUAUUGAAUAAUGUCUUUGGAAUUUUUAUCAUUUUAUCAACUGUGAACUCAUUCAUCAUUUUGAUUAUUGAGAUUGUUAUUCCAAUUCAACCAAUUUCUACUAAAAAACUCAUACAUGAUUCGCCUUAUGACAGAGCAAAUGUAUUCUCAAGAAUUACGUUUGACUGGAUGGCAGGAUUAAUGAAGAAAGGUUAUGUUCAAUUUUUAACUGAACGUGAUUUACCACUCUUACCUAAGAAAUUACGUGCUUCAACUACAUCUAACGCUUUUGAUCAUUAUUGGAAUUCUCAAAAUGCCCAAAAGCCUUCAUUGACUUUAGCAAUUGCUAAAGCAUUUGGUGCUCAAUUUAUGAUGGGUGGUAUAUUUAAAGGAUUACAAGAUAUGUUGGCAUUUGUUCAACCUCAAUUAUUAAGAUUAUUAAUUAAGUUUGUUAGUGAUUACGUGGAUUCCGCUAAAGCGGGAAAUCCAAUUCCAUUAACCCGUGGGUUCUUGAUUGCAAUCUCGAUGUUUAUUGUCUCUGUUGUUCAAACAGCUUGUUUACAUCAAUAUUUCGAAAGAGUUUUUGAAUUAGGUAUGAAAAUUAAAUCAAGUUUGACUUCAGUAUUAUUUAGCAAAUCAUUAGUAUUAUCUAAUGAAGCAAGACAAGAAGCUUCUACUGGUGAUAUUGUUAACUUGAUGUCUGUCGAUGUUCAAAGAUUACAAGAUUUAGUUCAGAAUUUACAAAUUAUUUGGUCAGGUCCAUUCCAAAUCGUUUUAUGUUUAGUCUCAUUACAUGGUUUAAUUGGUAAUUCAAUGUGGGCAGGUGUCGCAAUUAUGAUCAUUAUGAUUCCUUUGAAUGGUGCAAUUGCCCGUGUUCAAAAACGUUUACAGAAGACUCAAAUGACUUUCAAAGAUGAAAGAUCAAGAUUAAUUAAUGAAAUCUUAAACAAUAUUAAAUCUUUGAAAUUAUAUGGUUGGGAAAGUCCAUAUUUGGCUAGAUUACAACACGUUAGAAAUGAUAAAGAAUUACAUAAUUUGAAAAAAAUGGGUAUCUUUAUGGCAUUCACAAAUUUCACUUGGAAUCUAGCUCCAUUUUUAGUUUCAUGUUGUACAUUUGCCGUCUAUGUUUGGACUCAAGAUAAGAGUUUAUCCACUGAUUUAGUCUUCCCAGCUUUAGCUUUGUUUAAUUUAUUAUCAUUCCCAUUAGCUGUUGUUCCUAUGGUUAUAACCAAUAUUGUUGAAGCACAAGUUGCAAUUGGAAGAUUAACCAAAUUCUUAACCGGAGCCGAAUUACAAGCUGAUGCAGUUGUCAGAUUACCAAAAGCUAAGAAAGUCGGAGAUGAUUCUGUUUCAAUCACCAAUGGUACAUUCUUAUGGUCCAAAGCUAAAGGAGAACAAAAUUAUAAAGUUGCAUUAUCAAAUAUAAAUUUAGUCGCCAAAAAGGGAGAAUUGGAUUGUAUUGUUGGUCGUGUCGGUAGUGGUAAAUCAUCAAUCAUUCAAGCUAUUCUUGGAGAUUUAUAUAAAUUGGAUGGUGAUGUUAAAGUUCACGGUAAAGUCGCUUAUGUUUCCCAAGUUCCUUGGAUCAUGAAUGGAACUGUUAGAGAAAAUAUUUUGUUUGGACAUAAAUAUGAUCCAGAAUUUUAUCGUCAUGUUAUUAAAGCAUGUGCUUUGAAUGUUGAUUUAGGUAUUUUACCAAAGGGUGAUAAAACCGAAGUUGGUGAAAAGGGUAUUUCCUUAUCUGGUGGUCAAAAGGCAAGAUUAUCAUUAGCUAGAGCUGUUUAUGCCCGUGCUGAUGUUUAUUUGUUAGAUGAUCCUUUAAGUGCCGUGGAUGAACAUGUUGGUAGACAUUUGACGGAUCAUGUAUUGGGACCUCAUGGGUUAUUGAAAACUAAAUGUAGAAUCUUAUCUACUAAUAAUAUCAAGGUUUUGAGUAUUGCUGAUAGUGUUCAUAUGGUUAGUGAUGGUAGAUUAAUUGAACUGGGUACUUAUGAUGAUAUUAUAAAACAAGAAAAUUCAAAGAUUAGACAAUUGAUUGAAAGUUUCGGUAAGAAGAGAGAAGAAUCCCCAAGUCCAAGUGAUGAAGCUGCCGCUGCUGCUGCCCGUAAAAAGACAACCACUGAAGGUGAACUUGAAGAAGUUAAGGCUUGUGAUGAAAUUAAUCCACAAGAUUUAGAUUCCGAUUCUGAUUUUGAUUGUGGUAGUUUAAGAAGAGCAAGUGAUGUCUCCCUUGAUGAAGAAGAAGCCAAUAUUGAACAAGAAGAAGAGGAUGAAGAUACUAAGGCAAGAAAAGAACAUCUUGAACAAGGUAAAGUUAAAUGGGACGUUUAUCGUGAAUAUGCCAAAGCAUGUAAUCCAUAUAAUGUGCUUGUGUUCUUAUUCUUUGCUCUUUCUUCGUUUGUUAUUAAUGUUGCAUCUAAUUUCUGGUUGAAGCAUUGGUCCGAAAUUAAUACUAAAUAUGGUUACAAUCCAAAUAUUGUUAAAUACUUGGGAGUUUACUUUUUGUUGGGUAUUGGAUUUUCACUUUCUUCAUUGAUUCAAAAUUGUUUCCUUUGGAUUUUCUGUACUAUUCAUGGAUCUAAGAAAUUACACAAUUCAAUGGCUGUUAGUGUUUUACGUGCUCCAAUGACAUUUUUUGAAACUACUCCAAUUGGAAGAAUUUUGAAUAGAUUUUCCAAUGAUAUUUAUAAAGUUGAUGAAAUUUUAGGAAGAGUUUUCAAUAUGUUCUUCAGUAAUGCCAUUAAAGUCUUUUUAACAAUUGUUAUUAUUUGUUUUUCAACUUGGCCAUUUAUUUUCCUUGUUGUACCAUUAGGUGUGUUAUAUAUUUAUUACCAACAAUAUUAUUUACGUACUUCUCGUGAAUUAAGAAGAUUAGACUCAGUUUCCAGAUCACCAAUUUUUGCCAAUUUCCAAGAAUCUUUAGUUGGUGUUUCUAUAAUCAGAGCUUAUGCCAAAGAAGAUAGAUUCAAAUACAUGAAUCAAAUAAGAGUUGAUAGAAAUAUGGCUGCUUAUCAUCCAGCGGUGAAUGCUAAUAGAUGGUUAGCUGUGAGAUUGGAAUUCUUAGGAUCGAUUAUUAUUUUGGGUGCAGCAGGAUUUUCUAUUUUGACAUUAAAAUCAGGUAAUUUAACCCCUGGGUUAGUUGGUUUAUCAGUUUCUUAUGCAUUACAAAUCACUCAAUCAUUGAAUUGGAUUGUUAGAAUGACAGUUGAAGUUGAAACCAAUAUUGUUUCCGUGGAAAGAAUUUUAGAAUAUUCGAGAUUGACUCCAGAAGCUCCAGAAAUCAUUGAAGACCAUCGUCCACCUCAAGACUGGCCACAACAAGGUGAGAUCAAAUUUGAAAAUUAUUCAACCAAGUAUAGACCAGAAUUGGAUUUGGUAUUGAAAGAUAUUAACUUGGAUAUUAAACCUCGUGAAAAGGUUGGUAUUGUUGGUAGAACAGGAGCUGGUAAAUCUUCAAUUACAUUAGCUUUAUUUAGAAUUAUUGAAAAAUACGGAGGACUGAUUGUUAUUGAUGGUAUUGAUACUUCAACUAUUGGAUUAUAUGAUUUAAGACAUAAGCUUUCGAUUAUCCCUCAAGAUUCUCAAGUAUUUGAAGGUACUAUUAGAUCUAAUUUGGAUCCAACUGAUGAAUACAGCGAUGAUCAAAUCUGGAAAGUAUUAGAAUUAUCUCAUUUGAAAGAUCAUGUCAUUAAGAUGUAUGAAGAAGAUAAUGAAAAGGAAGAAUUGGAAAAUGCUUUACAUGUUAAGAUAUCUGAAGGUGGAUCUAAUUUAUCCACUGGACAACGUCAAUUAAUGUGUUUAGGUAGAGUCUUAUUGAAAUUGGAACAUUCUAAUAUUUUAGUAUUAGAUGAAGCCACAGCUGCUGUUGAUGUUGAAACCGAUCAAAUUUUACAAGAGACAAUUAGAAGUGAAUUUAAAGAUAAGACAAUUAUUACCAUUGCUCAUAGAUUAAAUACUAUCUUAGAUUCCGAUAGGAUUUUAGUAUUGGACAAGGGACAAGUUGCAGAAUUUGAUACUCCAGCUACUUUAUUAAAGAACAAGGAUUCAUUGUUCUAUUCAUUAUGUAAACAAGGUGGAUUUGUUCAUGAUGAUGAUGAAGAAGCAGUACAAUUGUUAUUACAAGAAUAA